AUGGUCGUCCUCCUCCUCACGUCCCCCCACGGCAACUCGGGCUCUCGCUAUUUCCCCUUCCACGGCUAUCUCGGCCUCACCCCCCUCACUGUCCAAGGCGUCGUCCGUACAAAGCUCGACCCAGACGGCAAGCCCCUCCAGGCAAAAUCCCUCAUCGUCGCCGUCCGCUGCUACGAGGCACGCACAGGCCGCCGCGGCACAACACACUCAAGCCUCCUCGCCGAGUACUCCACCGUCCUCUGGCACGCCCCCGCCACCGCCGCCACCGCCCCCCUCGCUGACUUCGAGCACGCUUUCCGCAUCACAAUCCCCCGCGAUGCCCCCGGCUUCAGCACCGCGUAUUUCCAGGACUACCGCUUGUUUUGGCGCGUAGAAGCAGUCAUCUCCCAUGCCCACGUCAUGGGCAUCGGCUCUCGGCUCGUCAAGUCCGCCGAACUUCCCUUUGUUCGCUACGACGUCCCUUCCUCAAUCCCGCUGCCCUCACUGCCCUCCCCCGACCUUCUCCCUCACCAAACCACCAAAUCCCGCGCACCCGCCAUCCGCUACUACGUCUCCGUCCCCACCGACGCCGUCGGCCCCCACGACAUCCUCUCCGUCGGCGUCUUCCUCCGCCCCCUCGACCCGUCCGUCUCCGUCCGUUCGGCCAGCCUCACCGUCGAGCGCCGCAUCGAGCUCCGAGAAAACUCCCCCGCUUCCCCCACCUCCGCCUCCACGCUGUCCCCGCCGAAUAUUUCCCCCACAUCCUCGCGAGAAGCCUUCCCCUCGCUAUCGCGUACGCCGUCGGCCACCUCCAUCAGCCCUCCGCCAUCCCCGAUCAUGCCCGCGUCCGGCAGCACGUUUACCCUCGACACCAUCAGCACCGCGCAGACGGCCACGAGCGCAAAUUCCCAGCUUCCGCUCCUCGUGCGCGAUCGGGCACGGGAGCAAGACCAUCCCGCUUCCCCGCCCUCGAGCUGGACCGGCGCCCCGUACAAGGUGAUCAACAACACCGUCGCGGGCACCGAGAACGUGUCGGGCCGCUUCGUGCGCGACGUGCAGACAGGCGUCUGGAGCAGGACCCUGACGAUGCAGUGGCCCGCAUCGCGCAGCUCGGCGCGGUGGGCGUUGGGCGAGACGAUGGCGACCGAGCUGGUGCGGGUGCGGUUUUUUGUAAAGGUCAAGAUCAUCGUAUCUUCGCCUUCCGGAACAGACUCUAUCGAGCUGCUCGAACAGCCGCUCACGGUCAUCUCCACCAACGCGUCCGAGCGCCAGCUCGCGAUCACCAAAUACAACGCCUCCCAGGCCGCCUCGAGCUCCCGCAGCUCCUCAAAAUCCAAGUCCCCCCAUCGGACCGCGCCGCCCUCGCCUGUCCCGUCCGUCCCGCCACUAGAAUCGAUGCCGGUGCCGCACUCCGCGUCGUCCGGGGGCGAUCGAAGGGCGCGCGAGGGGGACGAGGGCGAGAAGCAGCGGGAGGGCAAGCGGCAGCGGGAAUCGCGCGCGCCGAAGCGGCCGCACACGAGCGCUGGGCCGCGGGAUCGGGGGAAGGGGGGCGCGGGCGGGAUGCUGGGCGCGGGCGGCGGCGGCGUGUGGCGGCCGGGGACGGCGGCGGCGGGGGGUCUGGUGAGCAAGGAGGGGCUGGGCGGGGGUCUGGGGAUCGGUGCGGUGGUGGGGAUCGGCGGCGUGCACACGGUGAGGAUCAACACCGUGACGGGCGUGACAACGACGCACGCGCAGGCGAGCGGCGGCGCGGCGUCCCCGGACCACGUCCGCGCGUGGGAGGAGGAGCUGGCGCGGAUCGAGGCCCAGAGUCGCCGGAGCAGCAUCGGCAUCCUCUCCCGCCCAAAAAUUCCAUCCCUCGCGAAGAGCGCCCGCCGCUUCUAUGGCGAGGUCCUCGGCAGGUAGCCCUUCGCGACCCUCUCCCGUAUCAUUUCCGUCCAUCCGCUCUCCCUAUCUGCUCGUCGCUUUCGUCUCCCGCCCUCGCUUGUAUGGAUAUUCGCAUCACCACCAUCACCACCACCACCACCACCACCAUCAUCAUCAUCGACCCCACCCUCAUCAGCGCAUCCCCCUUUUCCCGAGCAUCAUCAUUCGCACCUCGAUAUACAACUAUUCCUUACAUUAUUGGUGAUAGCCGCUCCCUCCACCCCUCCAUACCCCUCGUCCAAAUCAAGCCGAAGACCCACUGUAUCAUAUAUACCCCGUGGAGUGUUUACCCCCUCGUUAUCCACAGGCUCCUUGUUUUUUUGUUGUUGUUGUUGUCCUCGUUCCCCCGUUCGUUCGAUCCUCUUGGUGGGCCACAUCUCUCGAGCAAUAAUGCAGCGCGCGACGGCGUGUAGAUAGUUCUGUACAUUCGUUACCCCGAGCAGCCGCCCCGCGAAGCACUGUAAUGCCAAAGCACUCUCUCGCUCUGUCUGUCCGUCCGUCCGUCCGUCCGUGCUACAGUACAAGUGAUCUCCGUUCUCGCACGCACGCCCCGCGAAGCCAUCCCCGCCUCGUGGUCGAAGGCGCGAGCGAGAGGCGACAUCGAAUCUCCUCGGACACGACGCGAUCGAACGGACGUCAUUUGAGAGUGACGCCCAACCCGAUCGACCGACCGCGUGCAUUGCACGUACGUACAGACAGCCGCCAUGUACGCGACUGAGACCUCCUGCCAGUGCGCGAGGCCGAGUGCGCGUCUCAGUCUCACGAGACAGCGCGUCCCCGCCACCUGCCAGAUCGCCCCCUAUCUCGAUCCCCCGACUGGACAGACGACACGCACAGCGCACCAUAUAAGUACGCAAACCCCGGUGGUGCCGCCUUUCGCGCGCGCCCGCGCCCGUUCCGAGGACGGCCACACUGCAUCAGCUGCCGCGGUCCAUCCGCACGCACACACGCACGCACGCACGCACGCACGCAGCGGCAAACGCAGUGCCACUGGAGCAGUGUCGGUCUGUGCGCGGCACCCAGAAGCAGCGUCACCGGGGGCGGGGAGGGGCGAAGCGCGCGCGCUAGCGCGACGUCUCGGGCACAGCGGGGACGAAAGGAGAUCGGGAAUCGCGGAUGCGCGGGGGGGCGCUGCGCGCUGCGGCUUUCCGGCGUGGGCGCGGGGGCACCUGGCCAGGAGGGCUUGAUCAGAGGGCUCUCGUUCGGCGCGCGCCGGCGUGCGGGGCCCGACGAUGCGGGACGGGCGAGGAGCCCCCGCGCGUGGAGGAAUGGCUUGGCUGGGCUGGGACGGGGGCACGC